UAGACCACUAUUAUUUUCUCUUUUUAUAAUCUCCACAUGAAUUUCAUUAAUUAUGUCUUAUAAAACCAUAAACGUCUAGUGCAGAAACUUGAUUUGCAGCUAAGAUUAAAAUUGAAAAUUUAGAAAACAAAAACCUACCACCUCCAUCAAAUGGAGGCGCCGCUGCUGGAGCACAACCCCCGCCCCGAUAUCCAGCUUAUCGGAGACGACGGCGACUAUCUUCCAGCCAGAGGGGUGAAAGCUUGGUGGAGAGUUUUCUGCAUAGAAUCAGGUAAACUGUGGAGAAUAGGCGGUCCCAUAGUCAUUCAAAUACUCUGUCAGUUUGGAACCACCUCCGUCGCCACCAUAUUCGUCGGUCAUCUCGGAGACGUCGAGCUCUCCGCCUUCACCAUUGCAACCACAGGCAUCGGAGUCUUCGCUUUCGGAUUUAUGCUUGGUAUGGGGAGCGCCCUUGAGACACUAUGUGGCCAGUCAUUCGGUGCAGGCCAAGUUCACAUGCUCGGCGUUUACAUGCAGCGUUCGAUGAUAAUCCUAUUAGCCACUUGCAUUGUUCUCCUUCCAAUCUAUAUAUUUGCCACCCCAAUUCUUAAGCUCCUCGGACAACAGGAUGAAAUAGCAGCUCUUGCCGGAUACUUCACACGUCUUCUCAUCCCACAGUUGUUUUCUCUAGGGAUAAAUUUUCCGACCCAAAAAUUCCUUCAAGCACAGAGCAAAGUCAUUGUGCUUGCAUGGGUGGCUAUUCUUGCUCUGGUUUCACAAAUCUUUUGGUGUUGGCUAUUCAUUGAUGUUUUUGGUUGGGGCACGAUUGGUGCAGCUAUGGCCUACGAUCUUACGAGUUGGGGCACUGGUAUAGCCCAAUUCAUUUACGUGGUUUGUUGGUGUAAGGACGGGUGGAAGGGAUUCUCGUCACAUGCGUUUCGAGGUAUGUGGGCUUUUGUGAGGCUGUCGCUUGCUUCUGCUGUCAUGCUGUGCCUGGAGAUGUGGUAUAUGACCAGCAUUGUUGUCAUAACUGGAAAUCUUAACAAUGCUGUUACCGCGGUUGGUUCCCUUUCUAUAUGCAUGAAUAUUGAUGGGUGGGAAGCCAUGGUGUUUAUUGGAAUCAAUGCUGCUAUAAGUGUCCGGGUUUCAAAUGAGCUUGGUCUAAGGCAUCCACGAGCGGCCAAAUAUUCAGUCUAUGUAACGUUGUUCCAAUCUGUAUUGAUCGGGAUUGUAUGCAUGAUUAUUGUCCUUGCAACAAGGAAUCAGUUGGCUCUAAUAUUUACAAAUAGCAAAGAAAUGCAAAAGGCUGUGGCUGAGCUUUCAGGCCUUCUUGGAGUCACCAUGCUUCUCAACAGUGUUCAACCUGUGAUAUCAGGUGUGGCGAUAGGCGGUGGAUGGCAAGCGUUGGUCGCUUACAUCAACCUGGCUUGUUAUUACAUAUUCGGUCUGCCUCUAGGAUAUCUUCUUGGUUAUGUGGCUAAACUUGGAGUAGUGGGAGUUUGGGGAGGCAUGAUUGCUGGAGUGGCCUUGCAGACAUUGCUGCUUUUGCUGCUGGUUUAUAGAACCAAUUGGAACAAAGAGGUUGAGCAGACAGCAGAGCGAAUAGGGAAAUGGGGAGGUCAAGACUCAAGACAUACAAAUAUAUAACAAAACACCCAUUCUCAACUGACCAAUUUCAUACGAAAAACGGAGACCAACCUUAAUCAUUUCAUUCUUUCUUGAAUCAAACAUUCCAUAUUAGUAAUUACUGAUAUUCUAAUAACCCAAAAACUUGUUUCAGACUUUCGUUCCAGUAAACAUUUAUCAUUUAAUUGUUGGAAAUAAA